AUGAGCUCCUCCUCGGAAGAAAUGCUCACGAGCGUCUUAGUGCUCCAGCUCGAGGCCAUCAAAGCCCUCGUGACCGAGUACCACCAGCAGACCGAAGCGUUCGUCCAGCAAUUCGGCCACCUGCCGCUGUCGAACGAACCCGUCGACGCGGCCCACGACGCGCGCAUUGCGCUGCGGCCGCUGCCGUCUCUGGCCGAAGGGUGCGUUGUCUCGGAGGUGAUUCUGGCCGCCACGAAGAGCCAUUGCAGCCAGACGAUGUGUGCCACGUCAACUGCCGACCUCGAAGCGUUUCUAGGUAGUGCUCGAAAACACGUCAAAACAGUGGACGACCGCGUGCACGCGCUGUUUGUGCUGGACGCGAGUCUCGCCCACGCCGAGCUCCGGCAGGAGAUGCAGGCCACGUUUGAAGGCAAACAGGGCUACGCGCUGCUCGUCGAGUGGCUCGCGCUGAGUUGUAGUUACAAGGACGAGACGUCGAGGGCGUUCACCGAGUUGUUGCUGCUCGUGCUGAAGAAGAAGAUGCCCGCCAUGUUGUUCACGAUAAAGACAGUGGUCAAGAACUUGACGCAGUAUAAAAAAGUGAUCAAGGGGAAGCACAACAAGGGGCUGUUGCAGGACGUGGUGGAUCAGUACCGCAAGAAGAUAAAGGUGUAG